GUUGUCAACCGUGGAAUGUAAUACUGGUUCCAUAAAGAGGACAAAGUUAAGUUCUGUUUACGAAGUCAACAAUUGCAUGGCCCCACUCCGAGUGUUGCAUCAAGAACCGACCAGGCGGGGGUUUAGUACGCACCACCUCGGGCCACCUCGAGGUAUACAAAGCAGUUCUUUAGAAUAUAAUCAUGAAGUUUAUACUAGUUACAGUGAUAUUGGUACACCAUAUAACCGCGGAACACUAUAAAACGAAGCCUAGCUUUGUUAAAACAUGUUCGUUGAGUGAUCCCGAUUUUGACGAUUGCUCUAAAACGGCUGUACAAUUAUUGUUCAAUGCAUUGGGACCUGGUCUUCCAGAGAUAGAUUUGCCUCCAUUAGACCCCUUAAAAAUACCAAAAAUAAGAAUAUUACAGGGAGAUGGCCCCGUUAAUGUCAACGCAGCGCUUGACGAUGUUACCGUGUCCGGCUUCGGUAAAACCGAUGUUUUACUGAGUCAAGUGGACAGCAAAACCUACGACUUCUACACAAAGGUACGAGUACCAAAAAUAAGAAUUGAAGGAACUUAUGAUUUAAAAGGAAAAAUUUUAUUGAUACCCUUAGUUGGUCGUGGUCGGUGCUGGUUUGAGCCCAGUAACAUGACAAUUGAUAUCGUCAGUGACGUGAAAUUAUAUGAGAAAGAUGGAUUUACGUUCUUUAACGUUACUCAGGUUCAUGUUAAAUAUAAUAUUGGAGUUCUCAAACUGUAUAUGCACAAUCUAUUCGACGGAAUUUCAUCUUUGGAGGAAAGUACGAACGCCUAUUUGAACGCAAAUUGGCGCCCUGUGUCCGAAUCACUACGACCAAUUCUAUCAAAAACAAUUGAAGAUAUUCUACUCGGAUUUAUGCGGCAAAUAUUUCAUAAUUUACCUGCAACCUUUAUCAUAGAAGAUGUUAAAAAUAAUAGUUUAUUAAGCAAGAAGGAUGACAAACAAUUGUAAAAUAAUUUUAGCGAUUCUAAAAUUCCUUUAUAAUAAGUCUUUUAAUAUGA